AUGCGAGAGGUUGGGCUUAAUCUUGGUGUGGCAAGCAUGCGCAAGGGGGAGCGGUGCCUGUUGAGAGUGCAGCCACAGUAUGGCUAUGGGGAGAGAGGCAGCUUCUCAUUCCCCAAUGUCCCUCCCAAUGCAGAACUAGAAUAUCAAGUAGAGCUUGUGGACUUUGACGCUGCAGAUGAGAUGAAGGACAGAGGGGAAAUGACAUAUGAGGAGCGCUUAGAAGCAGCUGAGAGGCAUAGAAUGAAGGGAAACGCCCUUUUCCAACAGGGUGAAAACACCGAUGCGCUAGGGAAGUAUGCCAUGGCGCUCUCCUACAUCAACGAGGACUUUAUGAUCCAGCUGCAGGGGCCCCACGCAGAAAAGGCCCAGUCGCUCAAAACGCCCAUCCACCUCAAUAUGGCCGCCUGCCAGAUCAGACUGCAGGACUGGCAGGGUGUCACCUGGAACUGCUCCCAGGUGCUGGCAAAGGAGAAGGGCAAUGCGAAGGCGCUGUUCAGGCGGGGGCGCGCACACAACGCACUAGGGCACACAGAGGAGGCAUUGCAGGAUCUCACUGCCGCUGCACAGGCCGCGCCUGACGACCGGGCGAUCUCUCGUGAGAUCCAGGCUGUGAAGGCAAACAUGCGGCGAGACCGGGAGGCGCAGGCCAAGAUGUUCAAGGGGGCGUUUGGGACACCAGGGGAGAGGAAAGACAAGGGACUGUGGGAGGAUGGGAACUCUGGGGUUGGAUUGAAUGGGGCUGGCAAGGUGUCCCCAGUGGGAUGGCUUUGGGGUGUCUUGCUUGGCUGGCUGGGAUUUCUUUUUGGGCUCAAACCUUUGCGAAGGUAG